AUGAAUAGCAGAAAAUCAACAGCAACUAAUGAAUCUAAUGACGCAAUAAAUAAAUACCCAUUCCCAGAAGAUGCAGAAGGUCGUCGACGUAUCAAUAUUCAACAAAUGCAAAAUGUUCUUCUUAUCUGGUUAGACAGUAACAUUGACGAGACAAAUGAUGCUUGCAAAAAUACAAUCAAACAACUGCGACGCGCUAUCAACGAGAUCAAUACAUUUACAGAUAGUGAUAAAUGUUUCGAAUUCAUUCAAACAAUCAUUAACAAAAAGGCAUGUAUGAUUCUAUCUGGAUCACUUGGACAACAUGUUGUACCUCGUGUACACAAUAUAUCUCAAAUUGAUUCAAUUUUUAUUUUUUGUGAAAACCAAAACUAUCAUGAACAAUGGAUCAAAGAAUGGCCUAAAAUAAAGGGUAUCUUCACAGAUAUUACAUCCAUCUGUGAAGCACUCAAAUCGGCAGCUCAUCAAUGUGAGCAAAAUGCCAUUUCCAUGAGUUUCGUUGAAUCAAAUAAAAAGUUGGAUCAAUUAGAUCCUUCUUUUAUGUAUACACAACUCAUCAAAGAAAUAUUAUUGAGCAUAAAGUUCAAACAAAAGAACAUUCAAGAUUAUAUUAAUUACUGUCGCGAUGUUUUCGGUGAUGAUGAAGAAGAAAUGGUUCACAUUAAACAAUUUGAAGAUGAAUACUACGACGAACCACCAAUUUUUUGGUACACCUGUGACAUGUUCCUCUAUCCCAUGCUCAAUCGUGCAUUACGAUUGAUGGAUGGUGAUAUCAUUACACGGAUGGGUUUCUUCAUUGGUGAUCUGCAUAGAAAUAUUGAACAACUAUACCAGAAACAAUAUGCUGGUAAAACUGCUGCUGACAUCUUCAUCCUUUAUCGUGGACAAGGUUUAACUAAAGGAGAUUUUGAACAAAUGAUGCAAGCUAAAGGCGGUCUUGUUUCAUUCAACAACUUCUUAUCUACUAGUGAAAACAUCAAAGUUUCACUAGGUUUUGCUCAAGAUGCAAUAAUAAAUUCAGAUCAAGUAGGAGUUCUUUUUAUCAUGCAGAUUAAUUGUAGUCAAUCAACGACACCCUUUGCUUCCAUUGCUAGCAUCAGCGCUAUGAAAAGAGAAAAGGAAGUCUUAUUUUCAAUGCAUAGCGUUUUUCGUAUUCAGGAUAUUAAGCAGAUGGAUGAAAAUAAUCCUUUAUACGAAGUUAAGUUAACACUUACUGCUGAUAACGAUCCAGAACUAAGCAGACUUACUGAUUACAUCCGAAAAGAGAGCUUUCCAGAUACUGAAGGAUGGUAUCGACUGGGAUCAGUACUAUACAAUAUGGGUCAAUUUAAAAAAGCUGAAGAUAUUUAUCAACAUAUACUUGAUCAAUCCAACGAUAACAAAGAUAAGGCAUAUAUUUAUUAUCAAGUUGGUUCAAUCAAAGAUGCUCAAGGAAAAUAUGAAGAAGCACUUUUAACUCAUGAAAAAGCCCUUGCAAUUCGAGAACAAUCACUUCCUCCCAA